GGGGGAUCCUGUCGCUGACGAUCAACAACGCGACGGCGCAGUCGCAGUUCUCGCUGUCGCUCACCGAGUGCGCGGAGUUCAUCAGCCCGCUCAAGUCGGACGACUCGUGCCAGCCUGCGCCGGCAGCUGCAGAACUGGGACGUGAUCCAGACGUUCCACGCGCCGCUCGCCACGGGGCUGCUGGCGCAGACCGUGGGACAGCAGUGCGGCGGGUUACGCUUCCUGACAAUUGCGUACCCGGGCUACUUCUACGCACCUAACCCCGGGUUUCACGACAUCGACUUCCUGGCGAAGAUCUUGUACGCCGGCACGUAUACGGUGCAGAACAACACAAUCCCUCCCCGCAUGGUGCGACAGGGGCCGUGGCCCGCAGGAGGUGGCUGGUCCAACAAUG